AUGCAUACUUCUUCCCGUGAUGGUCCCACUGAAACGUUGAAGAAAAAAGUUGCUGAGAUGGAGAAGUAUAGAAAGAGAAGAGACCCCAGAAAGAAUCAGUUUUCUGUAGAAGUCCCUGAAUCAAGAUCCUUCCUUGACACAGCCACCAUGCCUAUGAUUCUCACUGUGGUUGGCACUGCCCUUUUUGCCAAAAUCCUCAUGAUGCUUGAUGAUUCUAGGUCUCAAGAAAUGAUAGAGCGCAAGAUAAAGAAUGCUCCCCCAGGCCAAGGGACGGUUAGGAUGCUAGAUCGUGAGGAGUGGGAAGAAAUUCGAGAAAUUAGACCAAGGACACCAUUUGAAUCAAAACUGGCCCGUCCAAAUGCACGUAUUAGGACUGGAGAACAUUUACGCUGGGAAGAUGUUAAGGACUGGACAAUGGAUGUGUUUGCAGAUGGUUUCACACGUGUCGAAGAAACAGUUAGACGUGGGUCAAAUUAG